AUGACGUCGCGGAUUUCGAGACUGGACCGGCAGGUAAUUUUAAUAGAGACCGGUUCAACUCAAGUGGUUCGGAAUAUGGCCGCUGACCAAAUGGGUGACUUGGCCAAACAACAUCCAGAAGACAUUCUUUCGCUGUUGUCCAGGGUUUACCCUUUUUUGCUAGUCAAAAAAUGGGAAACACGUGUCACUGCGGCAAGGGCUGUAGGCGGCAUAGUUGCCCACGCCCCUUCGUGGGACCCAAAUGACUCUGAUUUGAUACGAAGGACAAAUGAGGGCUCUCCCUUAAACAAUGCUCAGGUGAAGCUGGAACAUGAAAUGCAAAUAAAAUUGGAGGAAGCCACACAAAACGAUCAGUUGGAUCUUUUACAAGAGGACCAACAUCUAAAUUCUUUAUCUGAUUGGAAAUUGAACGAAAUUUUGAAAUCAGGUAAAGUGCUUCUGGCAUCCAGUAUAAAUGAUUAUAACGUACUUGGUCGGGCAGAUGAUAACAUAAGGAAACAAGUCAAGCUUGACGAUAUAAAGCAAGAAGUAUCUAUGUCCAGUUCAUAUGAUAAGGCAAAUGAGAAUAAGGCCAAUGCCAAUAAGAAAUCGGCAAGAAUGCUUGCCAUGGCAAGGCGAAAGAAGAAAAUGAGUGCUAAAAAUACUCCUAAACAUCCUGUAGAUAUAACGGAAAGUUCGGUUUCCAAGACUUUAUUAAAUGAAAAGAAUAUGACUGGCACCGCAGCAUCUUCGUCUACUUCCCCCACCAGUAAUCAACUAAAUCCUCAACUGGAAAUUACUGAACAAGCUAAUGAAAACAAAUUGAUGAUAGAAUCCACUGUGAGACCUUUAUUAGAACAGCAUGAAAUUGUUGCGGGUCUUGUUUGGCAGUUUCAAGGUAUUUAUGAACUACUUUUGCAUGAUUUAAUGAGCGAAAACUGGGAAAUAAGGCAUGGGGCCGCGCUGGGUCUUCGAGAGCUGGUAAAAAAACAUGCUAUUGGAGUAAGUAGAGUUAGAGGGAAGACUAGGGACGAAAAUAACUUGAGAAAUUCGAAAAGCUUAGAAGACUUGGCGUCGCGUCUGCUUACAGUGUUUGCAUUAGAUAGAUUCGGUGAUUAUGUCUAUGACACUGUUGUAGCUCCCGUACGAGAGUCAAUCGCUCAAACUCUAGCAGCAUUAUUAAUCCAUCUAGACAAUGAUUUAUCUAUUAGAAUCUUCAGCUGUUUGGAACAGUUGGUUCUACAGGAUCCACUAGAGACAGGCCUACCAAAUAAAAUAUGGGAAGCCACUCAUGGGGGACUCUUAGGGAUUCGUUAUUUUGUUAGCAUAAAAACCGAUUUCUUAUUUGCCCAUGAUCUACUGGAAAAUGUCGUCCGAAUAGUACUAUAUGGUUUAAAUCAAACCGAUGAUGACGUACAAAGUGUAGCCGCUUCAAUUCUAACUCCGAUAACGGGCGAGUUUGUCAAAUUAAGUACGUCCUCCAUUGAAAUAUUGGUAACCACUAUAUGGUCUUUAUUGGCCCGUUUAGAUGACGAUAUAUCCUCUAGUGUAGGUUCUAUUAUGGAUCUUUUAGCCAAGUUGUGCUACCAUCAACAAGUUUUGGACAUUUUGAAAAAUAAAGCCCUUGAGCACCCUUCAGAAUGGUCAUUUAAAUCAUUAGUGCCGAAGUUGUACCCCUUUUUGCGUCACUCAAUUUCUUCAGUAAGGAAAGCGGUAUUGAAUUUAUUAAUAGCAUUUUUAUCAAUUAAGGAUGAUUCCACCAAGAACUGGCUCAACGGCAAAGUGUUCCGUCUAGUAUUUCAAAAUAUUUUACUUGAACAAAAUCCGGAACUACUGCAAUUAUCGUUCGACGUUUAUACCGCUUUGUUGGAGCACUAUAAAGUCAAGCACACCGAGAAGACUUUGGAUCAUGUCUUCAGCAAGCACUUACAGCCAAUAUUACACCUAUUGAAUACUCCAGUGGGUGAAAAGGGUAAGAAUUAUGCAAUGGAAUCACAAUACAUUUUGAAACCAUCUCAACACUAUCAAUUACAUCCAGAAAAGAAACGUUCUAUCUCUGAAGCCACAAUUGAUUCAGACAUCCCAAUACCAAAGACCAGUGAGCACAUUAAUAUAGAUGCGCCAAUGAUUGCUGGUGAUAUAACCUUGUUAGGGCUGAACGUAAUUCUUAACACUAGAAUAAUGGGGGCCAAGGCAUUUGCAUUGACAUUAUCAAUGUUCCAAGAUUCCACUCUUCAAUCUUUUUUUACAAAUGUUUUGGUUCGUUGCUUAGAAUUACCAUUCUCAACUCCGCGUAUACUGGCAGGUAUCAUUGUUACGCAAUUCUGUUCCUCUUGGUUACAAAAGCGUCCGAAUGAGGAAAGACUACCAUCCUUUGUAUCAGAGCUCUUUAGCCCAGUAAUGAAUGAACAAUUAGUAAAUCGUGACGAAUUUCCUGUCUUUAGGGAGCUAGUUCCAAGUUUAAAGGCUUUGAGGACUCAAUGCCAAAGUUUACUAGCUACCUUCGUAGAUGUGGGUAUGCUACCCCAGUACAAGCUACCGAAUGUAGCAAUUGUGGUUCAAGGUGAAACAGAAGCUGGUCCGCACGCAUUCGGUAUAGAAACUGCAGAAAAAGUGUACGGUGAAUACUAUGAUAAAAUGUUCAAAUCCAUGAAUAACUCUUAUAAGCUUUUGGCCAAGAAACCGCUAGAAGACUCUAAACAUCGCGUGCUGAUGGCUAUUGAUGCAGCUAAGGAGUCUGCCAAGCUUCGCACAGGUAGUAUCCUGGCAAAUUAUGCAUCGUCAAUAUUGUUAUUUGAUGGACUCCCUCCAAAACUAAACCCCAUUAUCAGGUCAUUAAUGGACAGUGUCAAAGAAGAAAGAAAUGAAAAGUUACAAACAAUGGCCGGAGAAUCCGUUGUACAUUUGAUCCAACAAUUGUUAGAGAAUAAUAAAAGCAACGUUUCUGGUAAAAUCGUAAAAAAUUUAUGCGGAUUUUUAUGUGUAGAUACUUUAGAAGUACCCGACUUCUCUGUAAAUGCAGAAUUCCGAGAAAACAUUUUGACCUUGAUAAAGGAGUCUAAUUCAAUUGCCGCCCAAGAUGAUACCAACUUGACGAAAAUGUCAGAAGAGGCCCAGCUAAAGAGAAAAGGUGGUUUGAUCACCUUGAAAACACUAUUCGAAGUUCUUGGGCCUUCCAUAUUACAGAAAAUACCUCAGUUGAAAUCUAUUCUAUUCGAUUCAUUAUCUAGUAAUGGAGACGUGGAGAUAGAUAAAACUGGUGAGGAACAAGGUCAAAAAAUAGUGGACUCAUUCGGCAUAUUGAGGGCCCUAUUUCCAUUCAUGUCUGCUUCUUUACGUUCAGAUGAGGUUUUCACUCGUUUCCCUAUCUUAUUAACAUUCUUAAGAUCGAGUUUAUCUGUUUUUCGUUAUUCAGCUGCAAGAACAUUUGCUGAUCUGGCCAAAAUUUCUUCUGUAGAGGUAAUGGCUUACACCAUUCGCGAGAUCUUACCUUUAAUGAAUAGUGCUGGUUCUCUAUCCGAUCGUCAAGGAUCCACCGAACUUAUUUACCACUUGUCACUUUCCAUGGAGACCGAUGUUUUACCUUAUGUAAUCUUCCUAAUAGUGCCACUUUUGGGUCGCAUGAGCGAUUCGAACGAAGAUGUGAGAAAUUUGGCCACGACAACAUUUGCUUCCAUUAUUAAGUUAGUUCCUCUCGAAGCUGGUAUUGCUGAUCCAAAAGGGUUACCAGAAGAACUAGUUGCUAGCAGAGAACGGGAACGGGAUUUCAUUCAACAAAUGAUGGAUCCAUCCAAAGCUAAACCCUUUAAAUUGCCUAUCGCUAUAAAAGCUACCUUGAGAAAAUAUCAACAAGACGGUGUCAACUGGUUGGCCUUCCUAAACAAGUAUCAUUUACAUGGAAUAUUAUGUGACGAUAUGGGUUUAGGUAAAACGUUACAAACAAUCUGCAUUAUCGCGAGCGAUCAGUACUUAAGGAAGGAAGAUUAUGAAAAAACGCGUUCUGUCGAAAGCAGACCAUUGCCUUCUCUCAUAAUCUGUCCUCCAUCCUUGACCGGUCACUGGGAAAAUGAAUUUGACCAAUAUGCGCCCUUUUUAAAGGUUGUUGUUUAUGCUGGUGGUCCCACUGUGAGAUCGGGUUUAAGGCCACAAUUGGAAAGCGCCGAUAUUAUUGUGACAUCAUAUGAUGUCGCUAGGAAUGACCUCGCAGUUUUAAACAAAACAGAAUAUAACUAUUGUGUUUUGGACGAAGGUCAUAUAAUCAAGAACUCUCAAUCAAAACUUGCCAAGGCUGUCAAAGAAAUUACAGCAAACCAUAGAUUGAUUUUAACUGGUACUCCAAUUCAAAAUAAUGUCCUAGAAUUGUGGUCUUUGUUCGAUUUCUUGAUGCCAGGAUUCUUAGGAACGGAAAAGAUGUUUCAAGAAAGAUUUGCUAAGCCGAUUGCUGCGUCAAGAAACAGUAAAACAUCAUCUAAGGAACAAGAAGCUGGUGUGCUAGCUUUAGAGGCAUUGCAUAAGCAAGUUUUACCUUUCAUGCUGAGAAGAUUGAAAGAAGAUGUCUUGUCUGAUUUACCCCCUAAAAUAAUUCAGGAUUACUACUGUGAACUGGGCGACUUACAAAAACAAUUAUACAUGGAUUUUGCUAAAAAGCAAAAGAAUGUGGUUGAAAAAGAUAUUGAAAACCCUGAGGUUGCCGAUGGUAAACAACAUAUAUUCCAGGCUUUACAAUAUAUGAGAAAACUAUGUAAUCACCCGGCUUUGGUUCUUUCGCCAAAUCAUCCACAAUUAGGCGAUGUUCAAGACUAUCUAAAGCAAACUGGUCUAGAUUUACAUGAUAUUAUCAAUGCUCCGAAACUUAGCGCAUUAAGGACAUUGCUCUUUGAGUGUGGUAUAGGUGAAGAAGACAUGGACAAAAAAACAGGUCAAGAUCAAAGUUUCCCUAUACAAAAUGUCAUCUCACAACACAGGGCCUUAAUUUUCUGCCAGCUAAAAGAUAUGUUAGACAUGGUUGAAAAUGAUCUAUUCAAAAAGUAUAUGCCCUCUGUAACGUAUAUGAGGCUAGAUGGAAGUGUGGACCCGAGAGACAGACAAAAAGUCGUUCGGAAAUUUAAUGAGGAUCCCUCUAUUGAUUGCUUAUUGUUGACUACCAAGGUGGGUGGGCUCGGCCUAAAUUUGACAGGUGCAGACACCGUUAUUUUUGUAGAGCAUGACUGGAACCCGAUGAACGAUUUGCAAGCAAUGGAUAGAGCCCAUAGAAUUGGUCAAAAAAAAGUGGUAAAUGUCUACAGAAUUAUUACCAAAGGCACACUUGAAGAAAAAAUCAUGGGUCUGCAGAAAUUCAAGAUGAACAUCGCUUCUACCGUUGUUAACCAGCAAAAUAGUGGGUUAGCAUCCAUGGACACCCAUCAGUUGCUUGAUCUUUUCGAUCCCGAUAACGUCACUUCUCAAGAAAAUGAAGAAAAGAGUAACACUGAUUCGCAAACAGCCAAAGGAAUGGAAGAUAUUGCUAAUGAAACAGGCUUAACUGGUAAAGCCAAAGAAGCCCUUGGCGAAUUGAAGGAGCUAUGGGACCCAUCUCAGUACGAGGAAGAGUAUAAUUUAGAUACUUUCAUCAAGACUUUACGAUAA